UUUUCCUUUAUUACAUUUACAUUUACAUUUUAUUUAAAUUAAUCAAUUUUCAAUUUUUUCUUUUAUUUAUUUCUCAUCUCCAUCUCCUCCCCGACCACAAAAGAAUUACAAUUUACAGCCACCCCACCCCACCCCCAACAAAUACCUAUUCAAGAGUCACUUUCUUACAUAAACUUCACAUAAAGGAAACAACCAAAUCUCCAUCACAAAUCCCCUCAAGAAAUUAAAAAACUCCUCUCUUCUCCAUAUCCAAAAACCCCAUCUCAGAAAAUUGCUGAUUCAGCUCACAUUUUCGAAGAUCGAUUUAUUCUCAGAAGAAAUUGGUUAGUAAUUUAAGGGAUUGGUUUUGAAAGAUUUGAGCUUGCAGUAGCCCUCCAUUAAUGGAGCUCUUCCCUGCUCAGCCAGACCUCUCCCUGCAAAUCAGCCCCCCCAACAGACGAACCCCUAAUUCCCAAGAUGAAAUGGAUUUAGGGUUUCUCAGAAGAGCCAUCGAAUCUUCUAGAAACGCCAAGCCAGAUCAUAUCCCCAAUUCCAGUCCCUUACCCCUUUCGAACCCCUUCAAAAUCCCAAUCUCCGACGCCGCCGCCGCCGGCGGGGGACACUUCCACCGGUUUCUUAACGGCGGUAGGUUUCUGCAAUCGCUGCCGCAGCAGAGCGGCGCCGGCGGUGAAGAGGUUUGUUUGUUGAAACCUAUUCGAGGGGUUCCGGUGUACCAAAACCCUCCUCCGUUCGCAUUUUCCGCGGCGGCGGCGACGCAUCAGAUGGAGAGUCCUGCGGCGGCGAUUGAUCAGCAGAUUAAGAUUAGGAAUAAUUCGUUGGGUCUGUACGGACAGUCGAUGAUGCGAUCAAGGUACCUGCCGAGGUUCGCCGCCGCUGCCGCCGCCGCGGCGACGAAGCGGAGCAUGAGAGCGCCGCGGAUGCGGUGGACGACGUCCCUCCACGCGCGUUUCGUUCGCGCCGUCGAGCUCUUGGGCGGCCAUGAGAGAGCAACUCCAAAAUCGGUUUUGGAGCUUAUGGAUGUGAAAGAUCUUACCUUGGCUCAUGUUAAAUCUCAUUUACAGAUGUAUCGAACAGUGAAAUCAACUGAUAGAGCAGCAGCAAAUUCAGGACAAUCUAAUAGGUCGACAGAGGACACAUCGGACGAUAUCCUAUUCGACGUUCAGAAGUCGGAGGUUUCGGGGCAAGAAGGUGAACAAAUUAAUAUGGAUCAUCAAGAAAAGGGACUCCAUGGCCUUUGGAGCAACCCCUCUUCAAGAGAAGCUUGGUUGCAUUUGCAUGGAAGACCAACCAACACAAACUCUACUCAGGAGAUGGAGAUGGAGUGCAUAUUGGUAUCAGAUGUGAGCUCAUCAAGGUCAAGCAUAUCAGAUCAGAGCAGCCCACAGAGACCUAAUUUGGAGAUCACACUUGGAAGAUGAAAUAUCUAUAUAUAUGUGCAUUUUGGAAAUCGUCAGAAAGAUAUCUCAGGGAAUUAAUUAAUCACAAAUUAAUUCAAUCCAUUGAGAAAAUAAUAUUGAAAUAUUUGAGCUAUAUAUAUAUAUAUAUAUAUUAUAUGAGGCUGGGAAACUAAAUUAAACCUCUAAAGGAACAAGACAAGAAAGACAGACAGCAUAUUUAUAUAAAGUAUGUGUUAUUAUUAUUAUGAUUAAGGGGCCAAUGGUUUUGUUCUAGCUGGCUAGCUUGCCAUAAAAAUAUUUCAUAUAUAUAUAUAUAUAUAUAUAUAUUAGUUAUUUAUUGAUUUAGUGUAACAUCGAUGUAACUUUAAAUUUCCACGUAAAU